AUGUCCUUCGGAAGUUUGAUAUUUGCCCCAGAGGCCGACGCUUUCCGGAAGCAUUCAACUCCGAUAGGGAAUGCGACGAACGGAUUGGUCACCAUCCCGUUGGAUAAGCAGUAUGUCCCGGUCAAGCGAAACAACCGCACGGUGACGUUCAAGACAGCGUAUUUUGGGACAGUGUAUGUUGGUUUGCCGCAGCCACAGAAAUUCACCGUCGUCUUUGAUACUGGAUCUGGACACGUCGUCUUGCCAUCCUCAAAGUGCGCCAGCGAGACGUGCGUUAGUCAUCGCCGCUACGAGCGGGGUCUCUCCGAGUCCGCGGUCGACUUGAACGCUGACGGCGAGAAGGUGUCAGUUGGCGCACAAGUGCGAGACACAGUGCAGAUCUCGUUCGGCACUGGCCAGUUGGUGGGCGACAUUGCCGAAGAGGUUGUUUGUUUCGAUGACUACCCGGGCGAGGAAAUCGCAGUGGCGCUCCAUUCUGGCAGUUGUGCCAGGGUUCGCACGGUCCUCGCCACAGAGAUGACAGCGCAGCCUUUCCUCUCUUUUGAAUUCGACGGUGUGCUCGGCCUGGGUUUGGACAGCUUGGCGCUCCACCCAGACUUCAGCUUCUUUGGGCAGAUGAGCAAACAACAUUCUGAGAUGCAGGCGGUUUUCGGCGUCUUCAUCUCUGGGGACGAUUGCGUUCCGAGCGAGAUCUCAUUCGGCGGCCACGACCCACGACGGGCGGCGUCCGAGAUGCUGUGGGCGCCUGUUGAAAGGCCAGAGAUGGGAUAUUGGCAGCUCAGCCUGAAGCGCGUCACGGUCGACGGUGAGCCGCUAGAGUGUUGCGAAAGUGGCGGGUGUGCUGCCGUUGUGGACACCGGCACGUCCUUGUUCGGUGUGCCGCGAGGGGCGGCGAAGGAGAUGCACCUCUUGCUGUCGCGGCAGGUCGAUGGAGACGCCACUGUAGAUGCUUCUGCUGGAUUCGACUGCAGACAGACCGACGGUUGUCUUCGACUUUGGGCACAUGCAGCUGUCCCUGGAGGCCCAGGAUUAUUCCCGCCCUGCGGCGCUGGCCGUGGUCGGCAGCAACAUGACCAGCCUGGUGUGCAGGGCAGCUCUGCUGCCUGUGGAGGAGAGGGCAGCACGGGGUCCAAGACGUGGAUCCUCGGCGAGCCCGUGCUGCGCAGGUACUACACGGCCUUCGACUGGCGCCAGAGGAGGGUCGGCUUCGCGCGCGCGGCGCCGCCUCGGUGCUCGGAGCCGGAGGGCGGCGAUGUAGCGAGGCGCCACCGGAUCGUGGGCGCGCCAGCGGAAGAACUUGCCCGCGCCGACGCUGGUUCACAUCUGAGACUGGUCGAGGAAGAACAUUCUGUUUAUGCCAUUGUUCUCCUAUCAUUGGGGCGCACGUAGGUCCGAGAGGCACUGCCAUCUCGGCGGGCCCCUCCCUCGCCGCCUUCCUCGUUCUCGGCAAUGGGGCUUUCCCCUUCCUCCAUCCUCCAGUUGCGGAGGCAGGCGGCCCAAACUGUCGCGGGCAAAGGCCCAGGGCGCUGCCUCACCACCACUGUGGCGAUUUGGUUUGGGGACAAGGACCCUGGAAUCAGUUUACGGACCCAGCUGGUCCGCUCCUGGCUCGACCUCUGGGACAAGUGCCCCUCCCUCCACCCUCGAAUCGUGAAAGCUUGGCCAUUGGUGGCCGCGCGUCUUGGGCACGACCCCAAGUUUAGGUGGCGGGAAGUCCGAGGGCCUAUUGGGGCCAUCACCGCCACCCUGAAAGACGGGGGUUGGAGGCCCAUUUCUCCCACCGAAUGGCGCAGGCCCAUCGGAGCCGACACGUUUGAAACCUGGCAGUUUCCUGACAUCGCGGCCGAUCGAGUCGCUGGAGAUUUCGACAUUGCUGAAUUAGUUAGCGAUUUUGCUGAGGACCUCAAAGCUCAGCUGUGGCAGCAGGCGGCUAAACACGAGCACGGGGAUGAUCUCGUCUCAGGUGCCGACGUGACUGCCAUUCGUUCUCAGCUCCAGCGUUUCCUGAAACGUGACGAAUUCGAUCAGAUCGGUCAGAUGGUCACAGUUGCCUCUGGAGGCCAGUGGCCUCUUCAGAGGCAGCGAGAUCGAGGCUAUCUUGUGUCCUUGAAAUGUCCGCGUUGUGGGGCCCCAGAGGAGACCCUUUUCCACCGUAUUUGGGAGUGCCCCUGCAACAAGGAUGACCCCGCGGAUGAAAACACUCAGAGUUUUUAGUUGCUCAGGCCCGCGCAGGCCACGAGGCCAACCCGAGUCUCUGGCUGCGCGGGCUCCCGCCUCGCUCUUUCACGUGUCCUGACUUUCGUGACGGGGGGGAGGACGUGGAGUGGGGGGGGUGGACGGAGAGCACUCGGACGUCCUCGACUGUAGAGAAGAUGGCAUGCUUCUCGUUUUCGGCGACGGCUCGGGAGGGCAAUUUAGCAGCGACCCUCGUCGCCGAAGGGUGGGCGCGGCUGCGAUUACGCUGGCGCCAGCCUCUGGAGGCUGGACUCGGGCCCGCGGCUUUGCCUCGACCCUUGGAGGUCGCCGCCAAACGGUGCCCAGAGCCGAGAUCCGCGCGUUUGAGCUUGCGCUUCGCCGAUUUCCAGGCCCGCUGCGUUUUGUCACGGACAACGCGGCCCUCCAUCGAGGGUGGCACUCCAGAAGGCAUGAGCAUUG